AUGAACCUUUGUUUAGGUUCCGCUGAAUGGAGAAUCUUUGGGAAAUCCCAAUACCUUCCAGUUUUUACAAUGAAAACAUGGAUCAAUGCACAAAGAGACUGUUUAAGUAAUGGUUCAAGGCUUACAGAGAUUGAAACUGUCGAAGAAUAUGAUUUUGUGAAGAACAUUGCGAGAGAAUUGAAUGCAGAGUAUGUCUUUAUUGGCGGUACAGACGCCUUUGAAGAAGGAAAUAUGGUCUGGUGGUCAACUCUUCAGUCUGUGGAUCCGGGUCUACAUCAUCUGUGGUCACCUAACCAGCCUGAUAAUUUCAAUAACAAUGAACAUUGUAUGAAUCUUAUUAAACCUGAGGAUUAUAAGUUGAAUGAUGGUAGCUGUCAAUCUAAAUAUCCUUUUAUUUGUGAACGCAAUAUUUAA